CCUGGUGAGCAGGUGACGCUGGCCGAGCUGCGCCCUCUGUCCUGGGGGCCGAGGAAGGGAGAGGGGUGCAGAUGCCCAGAGGGGCGGGGGCCGGCGGAUUGGCCCCAGGAGCUCCCGGUGUUCAGGGGAGGGAUUCCCUCACCAGAAAAGUUUGGGGACCCUGGGUUGGACAGAAUUAAGCAGGUUCUUGGAACUUUCCAGACCAAAUCCAGGGUCGGGACCGUGGGCCUGGGCGGCCUCCGGGAAGCAGGGGGCACAGCUCAAGACAGCGAGGCGCGUCUGCAGCAGGGCUCCCGUCCACCAUGAAGGCCUCCCGGGCCGUCAGCAGCCCCGCCGGCCCCCCGCGAGCUAGUCCGGAAGGUGUGGACCUGAGUCUGACAGGCCUCCCCCCACCUGUGUCCCAGCGCCCCAACAGCGCCUCGGCCACCAGGCCACUUGCCCGCACCGUCUCCGUGGUGGUGGGCAGCGAGCCGAGGAGGAGGGCACUGGGGGGCCCGGGGCUUGGGGGCCCUCUGGCCGCCAACAACCUCCGCAGGUCCAGCAGUGCCACCCAGGUGAGCCAGCAGCCGGCCGGCCCGGCGUGGACCGGCUCCUGCAGGCCAGCAGAGCGCCCCGACUUCCUGAUGCUCUUUGAGGACAGCCCGGGCGGGAGACAGAGGCUGGCCAGCCCGGACAGGGCUUCCAGUGACCAGGGAGCCACGGGGAAUGUCCCGGGCGAGCCGCCCGGAGCCCCGCGCCCCCGCACCCCCGCGGCACCGGCGUGCCCCCGGAAGAGAGAGUGCCCCGUGACCCUGGCCCCCAGCUUCACGGCCAACAACAGGAGCAGCAAGGGUGCCGUGGGCAACCGCGUCACCGCCAUGGUGCGCAACCAGCACAGCCCCGCGGAGGAGGCGCCGCCCCCCAAGAGCUCCAACCACGCGCCCCCCUCCCUCAACAACAUCGUCAAGGCGGCCACUGGCGAGGCCCGCGGGGGCAGCAGCUGCCAGAAGCCACCCAAGAACCUCGCCAGUCCCGCCCAGGUGGCCUGGAGCAGCGCGGGGCCGCCCGGCAGGCGCACGGAGGUGACGGAGGAGGAGGCCGAGAGGUUCAUCCACCAGGUGAACCGCGCGGCCGUCACCAUCCAGCGCUGGUUCCGCCGGCAGCAGGCACGGCGCCGAGCGGGAGCGGCCUGCCUGGACCACCUGCUGGCAUCUGAGCAAGAGGGGCAGCGGCGGUGGCCGGGCGAGGCGAGCCCCCUGGACCUGCAGCAGCGGACGGCGGCGGCCAGGAGGAUUGCGCGGGAGGAGCAGGCGCGCCAGGCCAGGCAGGCGGCCAUCCAGGAGCUGCAGCAGAAGCGAGCUCGGAAGGCAGGCGGCCUGGAGCCUGAGCCGCCCCCGAAGCCGGGGGGCACCGCUCACUACACCCUCAAGGCCAACAACGCUGGAGCGCAGCUGUGCCCCCUGGGCCAGAGGGACCGCCGCCGCCCUGCCCCUGGCGCAUCUGCAGAGCCCCAGCAGCGUCUGGAGAACGAGCCGCAGGGCGUGGCAGGUGAGGGCCCGGAGGUGGUGGACCCCACUGGGGGCAGGGCCAAGUCCAGGGCGACCCUGGACGAGCUGCUGGACACGCUAAAGCUACUGGAGGAGGAGCCCGAGCCGCUGCCCCGGCCCCGGGCCUACCAGAAGGACAAAUACGCCUGGACCGAUGAGGGGGACGACGGCAGCUCCCUGACGGCCGACAACCUGGAAAAACUUGGGAAGCUCAGUGCCCCCACCGGCCCCCCCGAGGGUGGGACUCUGCUCUCCGAGGCCAAGCUGCAGAGCAUCGUGAGCUUCCUGCACGAGAUGGAGGAGGCGGGGCAGGACUGGCCGGCCUCAGCCCCCCAGGGGCCCGAGGAGGGGCCGGGCCGGCUGGAGCAGGUGUCAGAGGCCGGCGCCUCGGUGAUGCGGCUGCAGCUCGAGGUGGAGGAGAAGAAGCAGGCCGCGGCGCUGCUGCAGAGGGCGCUGGCGCAGCAGCGGGACCUCGCCGUCCGGCGCGUCAAGGAGACAGAGCGGGAGCUGGGCCGGCAGCUGCGGCAGCAGAGGGAGCACUACGAGGCUGCCGUGCAGCGGCAUCUGUCCUUCAUCGACCAGCUGAUCGAAGACAAAAAGGCACUGAGCGGCAAGUGCGAGGCCCUGGUGGCCGAGCUGACGCAGGGGGACCAGAGGCACAAGCAGAAGGUGGCCCAGAUGCAGGAGCAACACGAGCUGGAGAUCCAGAAGCUCAAAGAGCUGAUGAGCGCCACAGAGAAAGUCCGCAGGGAGAAGUGGAUCCACGAGAAAACCCGCAAGAUCAAGGAGAUCACGGUCAGAGGCCUGGAGCCCGAGAUCCAGAGGCUGAUCGCCAAGCACAGGCAGGAGGUGAAGCGGCUCCAGGGCCUGCACGCUGCGGAGCUGCUGCGGGCGGACGAGCGGGCAGCCCAGGACUGCGCACGCCAGCUGGGGGAGCUGCGGGAGCUGCUGGAGCGGGAGAAAGCCGCGCUGGGCCAGCAGGAGCGGGAGCGCGCCCAGCAGCGCUUCGAGCAGCACCUGGAGCAGGAGCAGCGGGCCCUGCAGCAGCAGCGGCGGCGCCUCUACAGCGAGGUAGCCGAGGAGAAGGAGAGGCUGGGCCAGCAGGCGGCCAGGCAGCGUGCGGAGCUGGAGGAGCUGCGGCAGCAGCUGGAGGAGAGCAGCGCGGCGGGGGGCCGGGCCUUGAGGGCCGAGUUUGAGAAGGAGAGAGAGGGCCAGGAACGCCGCCACCAGAUGGAGCUGCAAGCCCUAAAGGACCAGCUGGAGGCGGAGAGGCAGGCGUGGGAGGCCAGCUGCGCCAGGAAGGAGGAAGCCCGGCUGCUGGCCCGGGAGCGGGAGCUGAAGGAGGAGACGCGGAUAGCGCGCGACAGGGAGAUCGAGCUGGUCGUGCACAGGCUGGAGGCGGACGUGACGCUGGCCCGGGAGGAGAGCGAGAGGGCUGCGGAGAGCCGUGUCAAGCGCAUCCGGGACAAGUACGAGGCGGAGCUGGCGGAGCUGGAGCGCUCGGAGCGGCAGCUGCAGGAACGGUGCGCGCAGCUGAGGGGCCGCCUGGGCGAGGCGGAGGGCGAGGCUGGGCGCCUGCAGGGCCUGCUGCGGCAGAGGGAGAGGGAGCUGGCCGAGGCCUCAGCGGUGAGCGAGAAGCUGACCGCAGAGCGCAGCAGCCUGGCCCAGGUGCUCCGGCAGGAGUUCGCUGACCGGCUGGCGGCCUCUGAGGAGGCGACCCGGCAGGCCAGGGCCGAGCUGGCUGAGCUGCAGGCCCGGCAGCGGGUGGAACUGGAGCAGCUGACGCGGGAGAAGCAGGCGGAGCUGGAGGCUGUGCACGGGAGGGUGAAGCUGGCCCUGGCCAAGAAGGAGGAGGCCGUGAGCAGCCUCCGCAGGCAGCACGAGGCCGCCGUGAAGCGGGCCGACCACCUGGAGGAGCUGCUGGAGCAGCGCAGGCGAGCCCUCCCCAGCGCCAAGUGACCGCAGCGGGGGAC